GGAUGACACGGGUUAUGUCCCUUACAUCAGUACACACCAGAGGUGGACUCACGAUUCAAAUGCGAUUAUUCCAUCCACUGGAGCAUCAACCUUGAUACAGCAGAAGGUAUGGUCGUGUACCUAUGUUUAUUAUAACACUGUUCCUUCUCCCGACGUUGGUGUCGCCAGUAGUGGGCGACAAUAGCUGUAAACAGAUCGACCCCUGUCGAUGUCGGCUGAACAACGGCAGCGAGAUCAAUCUGCAUUUGAUCAAUGGAAGUGCUCCUCCGCUAUUAGAAAUCAAGUCGUCCCUAGAUGGACAUAUCUACACAUACAGCCCGUGUACAGGAAUACACUGUGGGAAAGGAGUGGACGAUGCGGCCAUUUGCAGACAUGACGAGCUUCGCAAGUCCUCAAACACCACAGGUGAAAUUUCACAUGCUCGGUUCGAGAACGACAUGACAAAGACCAACUGGAGAGUGAGGUAUCUGACAAGGGACAACAAAAAUGGCAGUGUGGUACACUUGACCUGCGCAACUUUCACACGGUUAGACCAGGAGCCCAUGUUCAACGAGACCACUUUCCAGUUUGAGUUGUACUCGCCCUGCGCAUGUCCAGACGGAUGUCUGACGUCGGUUACCUCCCUUAGCGUCGGUACCAUACUACUCCUGAUCUUCUUCACUCUGUUCAUCCUUUAUUUCGGUGUGGGGAGUUUGUACAGAAAGUCGGUGUACGGAGCAGAGGGGAGGGAGAUCGUCCCACACACCUCGUUUUGGUUCUCACUUCCGGGACUGAUCAAAGAUGGCUACCUAUUUUUCAUCAGCCCAUGUUUGGGUGACCGUGUUGAAUACCGAUAUUAUGACAAGUUGUGAUCAAAUCAUUCCCUAAAUAUUUACACGCUUUAUUUUACUUAGAUUGCGAAGGUACUAUACCAAAAUAAUUGAGAUGAUCUCACUAAGGACCCGAUUACUAAGGUGUUACCACAGGUGCUUUUUCCAUACAGAACCCCAUCCGAUGGUCUCAACUCGCUUUCAACACGUAAAACGCUUUCUUGGAUCCACGUACAUUAUAUUAUUAAGGUGUUUCAAUGUAAUUACGAACUGCUUUGUAAAAGAUCAGAUAAUUUAAUAAUUAUUACAUUGUUUCAAGGGGCAGGGUAGACUAGUAAUCAAAGCGUUCGUCACCUGUUUCAGUUCCCCACAUGGACAAAUUAUGUGAAGCCAAUUUCUGGUUGCCACCGCCGUGAAUUUGCUGAAAUAUUGCUCAAUGCAGCAUAUGUCACAAGUCACUCGCUCAUUGUUUCUGUCGAAAGAUCUGAUAAAUCAUUUCUCGUGAAUCUAUAUAUUCCAGUGUUUGAAAACAUGACACGCAUCUCAUGACUCUUGUAAGGAUCUGAUGACAUAUACCUGUAGUUAUUGUGGUUGAUGUAUCUACGUUUUAUGUUGACAUUGUGUUCUGCGUUGUGACAUCAUGGGCUUACCGCCUUGUUCCCAACCGGUGUCUAUAGCAUUUGUUGCAUAAUUAGAUGUUGAUUGCAGUUUAAGAUACUAUCGUCACCUGGCUGGUGGCACUCUUGCGAGUUAACUUGUGUAGGUAGCUACUUUUGUUUAUACCUUCCCAAUUUGGGAACAGAGUAGGACCGCGAUUUAGUUCCUGUUAACUGGUUGAUUGCUUAUCAGGAACGUCUUCUGAAAAAUUUAGAAAUGUAGGUUUGGAUUAAAUUUGGAUGUGUUUGUCGGCCAUAGAUGUAUAUAUCUUUUUAAUCCUCCGCGUUUUUGUUUCCAAAUAAAAUAUUCAGAAUAAAAAUAAUAAGAAGCAGAUUUUCCCCAUUUUAAACAAUAAUUUUAACGGCGCAAUACUCUUUUAAAGUCUGUAUCCAGGAUUCGACAGAUAAGGUUGGUGGACACUCUUGCCACGGGUUGUGCCAGAAAAACACUAAAUUUUUGUGCACAAUAGUUGUUACAAGUUGUUAAUUAUAAAUACAUGAUAGAUAAUAGAAGAUACACGUUGUACAAUGUCUAGUAUUUCAUAACCUUAAUGGCGGAUUUGAAGGGACCAAAUAUGUCGGGUUUGCAGCAGUGGACAAACCCUAGUUUGAAUGCUUUUAGAGUAUACACGCAGCGAACAAGGAACAAAACAUGUUAGAUGUGUAGAGAAUCUCAACUUCGUGCCUUUCUUAUAUUGCAAGACGAGGGUGAGAAUCUGUUUAUUGUUCUUUAUCAUUCUCCAUUCUUUUUCCUGGGCGGUGGGGUAGCCUAGUGGUUAAAGCGUUCGAUCGUCACGCCGAAGGCCCGGGUUCGAUUCCCUACAUGGGUACAAUGUGUGAAGCCCAUUUCUGGUAUCCCCCGUCGUGAUAUUGCUGGAAUAUUGCUAAAAACGGCGCAAAACCAUACUCAGUCUGUCAGCCAUACUUUUUCCAGUAAAACGUAAAAGUCAGCAUCUUGUCAAGAUAAACACUUGCAGUGUCAUCAAGGUUAGUGAUGCCAUUUGAUUGUGACGUCGUUGUAACCGAUGACCUCAUAAUGGCCUUGGAUGUAUUGGGAUCCAAUUGUCUCGAAUGGACAAGCAUGAUCUCACCCAAGAGAUGGAUCUCCCCUGGAAUCAUAUUGGAUUAUAUGUGUGUUUUAUGUGAUGUUAUGGUGCAUAUAUUGUGGAGUAUGUGAGUCUGUAAAUAUGAACAAAUAUAAAUGUGCAUUGUUCAUACAUGGUGUUAUGUGGAUUUACAGCUUUAUUUUCAAAUAUCCCGGUUGUAUUUGUUGUUUAUGUUGAUGUCCUGUGUUAUUGCUUGAAUAAAUGUUCUUGUCGGAAGGUG